UCUGUUUCAAGUGCAGCGCCAAUGUGGAUCCCAGCGAGCCUAUGAGCCACGACACCGAGAGCCUGUCCCCGCCGCCGAGCCGCACCGACACGCAUCUCCCUGCGCUACAUUGACGGAUAUUUCCAUCCAAGAGGUCCCCACAUUUCAAGAGAAGAAGAGAGCCUUAUGGACGAAGACACUACAUGGACUACAGUUCACUUGAAAUCAAGUCACAUGACUUUGACACAGAAAUGAGUCGCCAGACCGCCACCGCGCUGCCCACAGGAACCUCCAAGUGCCCCCCCUCCCAGCGCGUGCCCACCCUGUCAGGCACCACCGCCUCCAACAGUGACCUGGCCAGCCUGUUCGAGUGCCCUGUCUGCUUUGACUAUGUUUUGCCCCCCAUCCUGCAGUGCCAGUCGGGACACCUGGUAUGCUCCAACUGCCGGCCUAAGCUCACCUGCUGCCCCACCUGCCGAGGGCCCCUGGGCUCCAUCAGGAACCUGGCCAUGGAGAAGGUGGCCAACUCCGUCCUCUUCCCCUGCAAGUACGCCUCGUCGGGCUGCGAGGUCACCCUGCCCCACACCGACAAGGCGGAGCACGAGGAGCUGUGCGAGUUCCGGCCGUACUCGUGCCCCUGCCCCGGCGCCUCCUGCAAGUGGCAGGGCUCCCUGGACGCCGUCAUGCCCCACCUGAUGCACCAGCACAAGUCCAUCACCACGCUGCAGGGGGAGGACAUCGUGUUCCUGGCCACCGACAUCAACCUGCCGGGCGCCGUCGACUGGGUGAUGAUGCAGUCGUGCUUCGGCUUCCACUUCAUGCUGGUGCUGGAGAAGCAGGAGAAGUACGACGGCCACCAGCAGUUCUUCGCCAUCGUGCAGCUCAUCGGGACGCGCAAGCAGGCCGAGAACUUCGCCUACCGCCUGGAGCUGAACGGCCACCGGCGCCGGCUGACCUGGGAGGCCACGCCGCGCUCCAUCCACGAGGGCAUCGCCACGGCCAUCAUGAACAGCGACUGCCUGGUGUUCGACACGUCCAUCGCGCAGCUGUUCGCCGAGAACGGCAACCUGGGCAUCAACGUCACCAUCUCCAUGUGCUAAGACCUUUAGGAAAGGGGGGUUCAGAAGUCGCAGGUUGUUUAGUGGGAGGGGGGGGUAUUUUUGGGGGUGAAAUCGAAGCGUGACCCCCGCAGCGCCCCCUCUCUUCCACACCCCCACACCCCUUGAGAUGGACUGACUCGAGGUCGAACUGGACUGUCUGAUUGGGCAGCCGUGGGGGCCCAGGGGGGACGGAUGGAUGGAUGGAUGGAUGGAUUGAUGGAUGGAUGGAUGAGUUGGAUGGAUGGACACAACGUGGACGUUAAUUGUGUAGUGAUGGUUAUAGACUUAUACACACACAUAUGAAUAUAUAUGUGAGACUGUCGUGCACGCACACGCUGUCUCUCCCUCUCUUGGUCACACACACACACACACACAAACAAACUAAAGAACCUGGUUCAGUCAAACUCUCGUCUCUCGCUCUCGGUCACCAUGGCUCUCUCCAAAUUGACUUCGCCACUCUCCCGGCUCCCCGCCCCCCGCUCACUCCACCCCUUCUUCCUCGCUUCAUUUUAUUUUAUUUUAUUUUAUUUUUUUAUGUCUUUUAUUUUAGUGUGCCUCUCUCUCUCUCUCUCUCUCUGGAUGUUUCGGUCUCCCUCCCUCCCUCCCUCCGUCACUCUCGGCUCUCCGGCUCGUCACCACUCUGACAGAGAGAGGAAGAAAGAAAAAAAAAAGAAAAAGACUCGAGUCCUGUUUCAGCUCCAGGUAGCGAGCCAGCUGCUUAGCGCUCCCCACCUCCAGCCCCCCUCCCUGCGCAUUUUUACCCAUCAUGCCUCCUGGAUGGAGCGGUUCACGGCCAGCGGUGCAGCUGGAGUCUGUGACCACAGAUCCACCAGCCGCUCUCUGCCGGUCUCGCUGAUGUGCUGGACCUCCGUCUCUGCCGUCUGCCGGUGACUGCAGGGCCGCGGCUGUCCGUUUCUGACCAAGCUGGACUGUGAUUGGCCGUCUGUGUCUGCGUCAGACUGGAACCCAGAGCUGCAGCUGCUUGUCUGUAUCCAGAGUUAUUUAUUGCAGGACUGUGGGUGUGUUUCUCCGGCGGGCUCAGCUGUCGGCGGCUGGGACUGGAACCCACAGCCACAGCCGGCAGCGGGCCGCACACGUCUGGAGCCGAGCGCCUGCAGGAUGGGAUUCAGAUGGCGGGUGUGUGUGUGUGUGUGUGUGUGUGUGUCUGCGUCCGGGACUGGAACCUGAAACACGAAUUUAGCCGACGCCGGCUCAUCGCUCGCCCAUCACGGCCCGGCCAAGCGAGGCCAAGGAGCGCACGCCACAUGCUCUCAAAAUAGUUGACUGUCAUUGAUUGUUAUUAGAACAGGCCGUGCUCUCGUACUGUAUGGAUUUAUGAUUUAUGAUUUUUGAUUUAACACACACACACACACACACACACACACAUGCAUACACACUUUGUGCUUACAUGGUCCAGCCGGGAGGAGCAGGCGACGCGGUGCGGGGGGGAUUCAGGAUGGUGUGUGUCAGUGUAUGUUGACCGAGGACGGGAGGGAUCUGUAUACUUCUUUUUUUGUUGUUGUUGUUUCUUCUUCUUUUUUUUUUUUUUUUUUUUUUUUUAGAAAGAGGAAAGAAAAGAAAAAAAACUGCAAAUUCAUUUGAGUCAAAGUUCAAAAUUCCUUGUUUUGAAAGUUAUUGUUUAAAGUCCACCCAACCAGGAAUGAGGGACAGUUUCUACCGUUACAACGUUGCUAUUAUUAUUAUUAUUAUUAUUAUUAAUAUUAUUAUUAUUGUUAUUGAGAUUAUCAUAAUUAUCAUUUUUGUAAUAACUUUUAAAAACACAAAUGAAAAAGGCAGUUGUAAAACUCGUGGCUAAAUUUCAGUGUUUGUAGUUAAAAGCAAAUUGUGUCGUUCUUCCGAAGGUUGUUUUCUGAGUUGGAUUGUUUUUUCUCUCGUUGUCCAUCUGUCUUUUCUGUCCUUCUGUUUGUGGGGCAAGUCUGUUUUUAAUUUGAUUUUUUUUUUCUUAUUUUUUUUUGUUUUGUUUUGUUUCGUUUCGUUUGUCUGUGAGGAGGCGGGGAGGUCAAGCCAAUCAGCUCUCCCUGCUCUUCAUGUGGAGUCUCAGUAAUGUUGCUGCUCUCCCUCAGCUCCUUGACUUAUUGUUGUUUUUUUUUUUUUUUUUUUUUUCUGUUUUAAUUUGUCAUUAAAUAAAUCUAUCUUUUUCAUACCCGG